CUCUGCAUCCUCAGCAGCAGCAGCUCAGAGAGAAGCACGUAGAGACGCGCUGCACAGAGCAGUGACCUCUGGCUGAGUCCAUGACUUUCAAACUUUAUCUGAAGUGGAAAACUAAACCUCAGUGCCUCAUGGGUUCCUAACACGACAGUUGGAUAUCUUUCUUUUAUUGUUUCUCUGAGGUUUUUAUUUUUACUUUAAUGAGGAUUCAGUCCUUGAUUUUUGUUGGAUGAUGAAGAAGGUGAUCUCAGCUAUUCUACUGCUGGCCGUUUUUCUGCAAAUAACUGGUGUAUCUGCCAUCCAACUGCGAUUUAUGCCUGAUCCACCAACUCUCAACAUCUACGGCACUCACCGGAUGAACAAAUCUGACAACCUUGAACUAACAUGCAGAGGUCGACAGCUCCUGCUGUGGUCCACCCCUCCUACGAGCAACCGCCUCUCCACCAGUGACUGCAGUGGAUCAGGGCUUUUCUGUACCACCUUGACCAUUACAAACGCAACUGUGAAUGAAACUGGACAGUAUCAGUGUUAUUACAAAGAUCUGAAGGCUGAAGACGGCAAGACAGCAGCAGGAGUCUAUGUCUUUGUUCAUGAUUCCAAGGUGCCAUUUGUGCCCUCUGAGAAGGAAUAUGAGGUAGUCUUCAUUCGUGAAGGCGAGCGUGUGGUUAUACCCUGCCGAGGCUCAGUGGAGAAUCUCAAUGUUACGCUCAACACCAACUAUCCAAUCAAGGAGAUCCAUCCCGAUGGGAAAGACUCGCUCUGGGAUCCCAAGAGAGGUUUCAUCUUACCCACCCAUCUGAUAAGCUAUGCUGGAGUAGUGUCCUGCCAGACUCGUAUUGAAAAUGAGACAUUCAAGUCCCCUCUCUACAUCGUUGCCGUUGUUGGAUACAAGAUCUAUGACCUCAAACUGACCCCCACUCAUCAGAGGCUGUCUGUGGGGGAGAGGCUGGUGCUAAGCUGCACUGCCACCACAGAGCUCAACGUGGGCAUCGAGUUCAACUGGACCCACUCUGGAGUGCCCCUGAUUUUAGGCAGUGGUUCCCACACAAUACCCCACAAGAAGAAGCUGUGGGACUCUUUGGAGCUUUCCAACAUGCUGAUAGUGGAGAACGUGACAGUGGAUCAUUCUGGAGAUUUCACCUGCACAGCAUCCAGCGGACAGAUGGAGAAAAGGGCCUCUGCACAUCUUACAGUUUUUGAAACGCCUUUUAUUGAUAUGACAGAACCCUGGCCAAAAGUGUGGGAAGUUAACAUGGGCGAUCAGAAACCAACGGAGAUCCCUGUGAAGUACUCGGCGUACCCAGAGCCCAGCUUAAAAUGGUUAAAAGAUGGCCAACCUCUGUCCAAGGAAAACUACAGAAUAAAGCACAAGGGUGAUUUUCUCAUAAUCCGUGGAGCCACUGAGGAGGAUGCAGGCAUCUAUACUGUGGUCCUGACCAACAAGAUCACUAAAGAUGAACAGAGGCGCACCUUCAGACUGCUGGUCAACGUGCCCCCUACAAUAAUUGAGAAAGGGAGUGGCUACAGUGAUGUAUAUGAGUAUGGAAAAAGUACUACCCUGUGGUGCACUGCCCAUGGAAUACCAACACCUGAGUAUGUCCAGUGGCAGUGGAUGUCAAAGGAUGACUGCCCAGGAGCCUUCAUGCCAGUGAUAAACAGCACAGAGGACCAGUCUAAGAACUGCACAGCUUGGAAAAAUAUCACUGUCAACGGUGUCUGUAAUCAAGCAGAAAUCCAAAAUAACAUCGACCGAGCCCAAAAUAAAUUUAUAAGUGCAUUGAAGAUUCAAAAAGCUGAGACCCAUGCCCUUUAUAGGUGCAAUACAUCUAACAAAGUUGGAAAGGAUUCGCGGAACAUCUUUUUUCGUGUCACACGUGAUAUAGAGGUGAGCAUGUCUCCCUCUGAUAAGCCCAUGGAGCAGGACGAUGUGGUCCUGCGGUGCAAAGCAGACAAUCUGCUGUACAAUAAGCUGGCCUGGUUCCGUGUCAUAAAUCAGUCUCCAUCAGAGCAGGCUGAGUCUACCCUGCCCUGUAGCUCACUGACCCUGCAGCCCCUGCCUCAGGCUGUACUGUCCAUUCUGCAUGGCAACAUCACCCUGGAGCUGAUGUUGCACAAUGCAUCCCGUCAGGAUGAGGGUCUGUAUGCCUGCCAGGUGAAGAACAUCAAUACAGCAAAAAGUACCUGCAUUCUGCGCCACCUGUCUCUCAGAGAUCUUGAGGCUGCAAGAAUACGUAACAAUUUCACUGACCAGAAGGUGAAUGUGAGUGCAACUAUCACUUUUCACUGUGAUACUGUUGGGACUCCGAAUCCUAAAGUAGUAUGGACCAAAAACAACCACACUGUGGAAAUAGGCUCAGGUGUGAUUCUGAACCGGAACAACCUGACUAUUCAGCGUGUGAAGAAGGAGGACAGCGGUCUGUACACUUGCAAAGCAUGCAACAGACACGGCUGUGAUACUUCACAGGCUUAUUUGAUUGUUGAAGGUGCAGAGGAGAAGACUAAUGUGGAGCUGAUUGUCCCCAUUGGCUCAGUGGUUAUCGCCAUGUUUUUCUGGCUUUUGAUCGUCUUCGUCAUCCGUGGACGAAAGAGACCAACUGGAGGAGACCUAAAGACUGGCUACCUGUCCAUGAUUCUGGAUUCGGAGGACAUGCCCAUGGAUGAACAGUGUGAAAGGCUCACAUAUGACGCAAACAAAUGGGAGUUUCCUCGGGACAGGCUGAAGCUUGGUGAACCACUGGGACGAGGGGCAUUCGGUCAGGUUGUUGAAGCAGCUGCCUUUGGCAUUGAGAAAGCUACUACAUGCACCACUGUUGCAGUCAAGAUGCUGAAGGAGGGAGCUACUUCCAGUGAAUAUCGUGCCUUGAUGUCAGAGCUAAAAAUUCUCAUCCACAUCGGUCAUCAUCUGAACGUUGUCAACCUGCUGGGAGCUUGCACCAGGCCCGGAGGACCCCUGAUGGUCAUUGUUGAGUACUGUAAACAUGGUAAUCUAUCCAGCUACCUGAAGAGCAAGCGUGGAGAGUACAGUCCCUAUAAGAAAAAGCAGGUCAGUAACCAGAGAUGGGCACCCACUGAUGAAGAUGUGACGGAAGGAGAUCUUGGAUUGGGCAAAGUCGCCCAGCUGGAUAUAUGCACUGGAACAGCUGAGGACAAAACUUCAUGGACCAGUAGUGACCCUAUAGAUGGUUGUGAAAUGUCUCACAAUGCUUUCAUUUUUUCUCCAAUUUCGUGCUGUGGCAGUUUAAACAUUGCUCUUUAUUACAAUUUGGUUCCAGAGAGCUCUGUUGACGAUCAUCUCACCAUGGAGGACCUAAUAAGCUAUAGCUUCCAAGUUGCCAAAGGAAUGGAGUUCCUGUCUUCUCGAAAGUGCAUUCACAGGGAUCUAGCAGCAAGAAACAUCCUGCUCUCAGAAAAUAACGUGGUCAAAAUAUGCGACUUUGGACUUGCUAGAGAUGUCUACAAAGACCCAGACUAUGUUCGCAAGGGAGAUGCCCGUCUUCCUCUCAAGUGGAUGGCCCCAGAGACUAUUUUCGAUCGGGUUUAUACAACUCAAAGUGAUGUUUGGUCCUUUGGAGUUCUCCUCUGGGAGAUCUUUUCUUUGGGGGCUUCUCCAUAUCCUGGCGUUUGCAUUGAUGAGUCCUUCUGCAGGAGGCUUAAGGAAGGCACGAGAAUGAGACCUCCGGAAUAUGCCAACUCUGAAAUAUAUCAGACCAUGUUGGAUUGCUGGAUGGAUCGCCCUACAGACAGACCCACAUUUGCAGAAUUGGUUGAACAUCUUGGAAAUCUUCUACAAGCAAGUGCACAACAGGAUGGGAAGGACUAUAUCCCCCUGACAGCAGGUGAAGUAGAAGGACGCUUACUGUCCUCUGAGCUUAAGGGGCCCUACAUCUGUCCUCAGAGUGGGGAAGCUGUCGAAAUUCACUACGACAUCCCAUCCUCCAUUGGACUGACCCAGCAGGGCAAGAGGUGCAGUCGGUCUCUCAGUGUGAAAACAUUUGAAGAUAUCCCUUUGGCACACAGCAGCAUAAUGGAGGGUCACACAGACAGUGGGAUGGGCUUCUCUUCAGAAGAAGUCAAGCGUUUGAAUCACGAGCUCCCAGCAACACCCAGUUUCAGUCAACUGCUACGCUGCAAAAGCAAAGAGUCCCUGGGAUCGGAGUCAUCCAAUCAGACGAGCGGAUAUCAGUCAGGGUACCACUCUGAUGACACAGACACUCCUAUCUACGCUAAUGAGGAGGUCAUUAUGAAGCACAACAUGCUGAAGAAGCCUCCUUUGCCCAAGAUGGUGGAAAAGUUCAGCACUGAGAUCCGCUACAGCACGCCACCCGUCUGACCCUAUGUAUUCCUCAUCUAUCUGACCUCCAUUUCCCUUGCUGUACAGAAUGUAUUUACUUUUCACAGGUAUUAUAAUCCAGGACCAAUGACAAAAGACAUAACUGGAAUUGCAGUGGGGUUGAGAUAUUUUCUUAAAAGGAAACCCAGGAAGUCAGCAGAGAACAAGGAGAACUUAUCAUAUGAUACGUUUGUUCUAGGUCUUUUUUUUUGGACAGCCGGAACAAAGGACGUUUACGCAGAAUGUAAAGCCAGAGAGCACGCCCACUUCCUGAGGCACAAUUCACCAACUUCCUCUGCUGCAGGAAACGUAUCUGGAGUUUUAGAUAAUUAAAUCAGGAAGCUCUUUCUUUCAUUCUUUCAUUUGUUCAUUAUGCUUUUUUGUGUGUCAUUUCGUUGACACAAUAAAAGGUCAGUUCUCAGUCUGUUGUUUGUUUCCUGAGCACAUUUGUACAGCUCACUUUUCACUUUUUUUGCAGUAUUUUAUUGAAAAUAGAUUACUUAACCUGGAUCUAAUGUAACUAGUUUUAUAAAAUUUAAGUACUCACAUCUGAUGUUCUUUAGUGUUUCUUUUUUAUUAGCCUUUUGUUUGAGAAGGAUAGUGUCCAUUACUAUUUAUGAUAAUACUUGAGUCUGUCUUGUCCGUUUGUUUCAACCAUAAAUGUCUCAUUUCCUCCGAACGUGCCUUGCCCAAAGUAAACAAUUCUUUCUCAGCCUUGGCUUCUCACUGUGUGUUUGAAUGCAUUAAAGGAACAAUGUUGUGUCAAC